UUAAUAUCAAAACUGCCACUAUGCCCAUCUGAACCAGCUUCCGCUUCUUCGUAACAAGAAACCAAACUACUACCUGUAAAUGGCAGUGCCUUCACUCUCCUCUUUAUCCAUCAAUCCUCUAAUUAGUAUUUCUUCUUCUUCUUCUUCAAAAGCUUCAUCCCGCCAUCUUCCCUCAUUCUCAAAACGUUUUGGCGUCUAUUGCCAGGUUAAUAACUCAGAAAUCAAAGCUCGAAUUAGCGAUUGUUCCAACAAUACGUAUGAAGUCAGGGAUGCUAAGUUUAAGAUCUGGAAACCCUUGCUUUCAACAGCAUUGGCAGCAGCCAUAGUUGUUUUUGGCUCUGAUAUCUCUGCUAUGGCUGAACUUAAUAAGUUUGAGGCAGAAACUCGUGGUGAAUUUGGUAUCGGAUCUGCUGCCCAGUUUGGUUCUGCGGAUUUGAAAAAAGCUGUUCACGUGAACGAAAAUUUCAGAAGGGCAAACUUCACAUCUGCUGAUAUGAGGGAAUCUGAUUUCAGUGGUUCAACCUUCAAUGGUGCAUACCUUGAGAAAGCAGUUGCAUACAGAGCAAAUUUCACAGGUGCUGAUCUUAGUGACACAUUAAUGGAUCGCAUGGUUCUCAAUGAGGCUAACCUUACAAAUGCCGUGCUAGUAAGAUCAGUCCUCACCCGAAGUGAUCUGGGUGGUGCCCUGAUUGAAGGCGCAGAUUUCAGUGAUGCUGUUAUUGAUCUUCCUCAAAAGCAGGCUCUCUGCAAGUAUGCAAAUGGCAAAAAUCCAAUAACUGGGGUAAGCACCAGAGCAAGUUUAGGAUGUGGAAACAGUCGACGAAACGCUUAUGGUUCCCCUUCCUCUCCUCUGUUGAGUGCUCCACCUCAAAAAUUGCUAGACCGAGAUGGUUUUUGUAACAAAGAUACUGGCCUUUGCGAAGCCAAAUAGUCUUACCUGUUAACCAUACGCAAGGAUAUCUCAUAGGCACAUUCACUCUUGGUGGUGCGGGGAACAAAACAUAUGCUUUUGUGUUGUCAUAUGAUGUUUCUUGGAUAAAAGUUAAAAGACUUGUCAUCAACAAUACCAUGAGUUUAAAAUUGGAAUUUGGGUCAGUUUUUAACUAGAAUUAUGUUGUUAAAACCCUUAAAUUUAUAGUUAUGCAGCACAACCGGUAUUGUCA